AUGGCGGGUGUCCUGAGCGGUGAGGAGGACAGAGCUUGCCGGACAGCCAUGAAGCCUCAUCCUCCGUCCCCUCCUCUGGAGGAGAGCGGCUCCCGGCGGCUGGCUCAGGUGCAGGAGGAGAGCGUUGUCACCGGCGAGGAGGACGUGCAGAAGAGGGGCUACCUGAGGAAGCAGAAGCAUGGCCACAAGCGCUACUUCGUACUGCGGGCUCACAGCCACCUGGGUCCGGCUCGGCUGGAGUACUAUGACAACGAGAAGAAAUUCCGGAGUGGUCUGCAGCGUCCCGGACCCCCCAAGAGGGUCAUCUUCCUGUCCCAAUGCUUCACCGUCAGCCGGCGGGCCGACGCCAAGAACAAGCACCUGCUGGCCCUGUACACCAAGGACGAGUACUUCGCCAUGGUGGCUGACAGCGAGCAAGAGCAGGACUCCUGGUACCAGGCCCUCAGCCAGCUCAUCAGUGAGAACAAGAAGUCCUGCCUGGCCGAGGACGAUGAGCUGGAGGAGACCUAUGGGGGCUUCCGGGCUGGCACCGUCUUCAAGGAGGUCUGGCAGGUGAACGUCAAGCCGCGGGGACUGGGCCAGAGCAAGAACCUGUCUGGGGUCUACCGCCUCUGCCUGUCCAACAAGGCCGUGCACCUGGUCAAGCUGAACUCGGAGGUGGCCUGCGUCCACCUGCUGCUCAUGAACAUCCGCCGCUGCGGCCACUCGGAGAACUACUUCUUCAUCGAGGUGGGUCGCUCCUCGUCCACAGGGGCUGGCGAGCUGUGGAUGCAGGUGGAUGACUGCGUGGUGGCCCAGAACAUGCAUGAGACUUUCCUGGAGACCAUGAAAGCCCUUAAGGCGUACUCCGAGUUCAGGCCGAGGAGCAAGAGCCAGUCCUCCGGUACUAACCCUAUCUCCUUCAUCACCACCAGGCGGUACUUGGGCAACCUGCCCCCCAGCCAGACCGGUCUGCAGAGAAGGUCAAGGACUGAAAGCGUCGCCGGCACCCCUCCAACAUCCAAGAGCAACUCUUACCGCUUUAGGACCUCCAGCGAGGGCGAAGGUACCAUGACCAGGCCAUUCAGGUCAGUAACUGGCAGCCUGAUCCAUUUAAAUACAGCACGGAUAAACCUGAAUAAACAGGAAGGUACUGGAAGAUAUGUCAGGGCACCUUUUAAUUCUGGCUACCACUCCAGAUCAGCCUCCCUGCCCGUUUCCCAUUUUCCCUCAGCUACAAGCCCAAUAAACGUGUGUUCAAGUAGUGGUCCGGGGUCUGUAUCCGAUACCCUAACUAGACCCUCCAGCUCUUCUGUGUGUGGCUCUCCUAGCGAUGGAGGCUUUAUUUCAUCUGAUGAGUAUGGCUCAAGUCCUGGCGACCUCAGGUACUUUCGUGUGAGAAGUAAUACUCCAGACUCGCUAGGUAACACACCACCAAUACAAGAAGAAGAAAACACCCUCAGUGAUUACAUGUCCAUGAGCAUGAAAAGCCACCCAAGUGCUCAGGAUGAUUACAUGGAAGCGGACAAAUGUUUUAGGAAAAGAACGUACUCUCUGACUAAACCCACCCAUGUCACCUUACAACAAAAGUCCCAUGCUGCUGUUUCUUUUGAUGAAAACUCUGAAGAGAAGCAGUUUGCCUACUCUGAAUCACCAAAGUUAAAAGACAGUAAUCACCCCGAGGAUUACAGUAAUGGCCUCAUUGAUUCUGUUUGUAACCAAAGUGGGAGUAAAGCCAAGGAUGAUGGCUACAUGCCAAUGAUGCCUUCAGUUUCAUACGACAGUGACUAUUUGCCAAUGGCACCCAAAAGUGUUUCUGCACCAAAAGAAAUCAUUUCAAGGUGCCCAUCUCAGGUGGAUUCAAAAGGGUAUAUGAUGAUGUUUCCAGUUGCCAGUUCACCUGUCAGAAAUACAUUAACUGGAAAUGCCUCUAAAGGCAGCCAAGAGAAAGUCACCAAUGGUGAGUACAUGGACAUGUCUUAUGGAAGCACCUCAAAACAGACUAUUGACUCUAAUUUAAAUAACUCCCGGGGGUUCAGUUCUUAUUUUUCUUUACCUAGAAGCUUUAAAAGUUCUUCAAAACAUUGCAGUGAUCAUAAUGAAUAUGUUCCUAUGUCUUCUCCAGGAACAUUACUGCACAUGGGUGAGGAAAAUGUCAGUGAAGUGUGUAAGAAUGGGGUUACAAAUGGGAUGUCAAAGACUGAUUUGAAAUCUUCCAGUGACAUAUUAAAUCAUCAAGUCAGGGCUACAAGGCCAACUAAACUUACUCUUGCUAUGAGAGGGAGCAAUACAAUACCAAGAAUGUUUGAUCAUUCUACUUCAGCUGAGCCAACCAGUCCUGGUGAAUAUAUAAAUAUUGACUUCAGUGAUAAAGCAAGUAGUACUCCAUAUUCUCUGUCUGCAGAAGGAUCCCCAUCUUCUUUGGGCUCAAGUUGUGAUCAAAGACAGUCCCCCUUGUCUGAUUACAUGAGUGUAGACAUUGAUGUGCAGUCUCCAAAAGCCACCGCUGAGUUUUCUGACUCUCUAACAGACAUUUCUGCUUAUGCAUGUCCUGGUAUUUCCAGAGUUCAGCCCAGUGCAGAAUAUGCCAAGCUCCCAUGUGGUACAGCUUGUGUCACUACUACAAAUAAUAGGAAUGAUGAUUACACCACAAUGACUUUUUAAUAUGGCAAUGACUCCCCCAAGACCUUUUCUGGAUGAAACUGAAAAUGGUACGAAGUUGGAUAGCCCAUCAUCUAUUGUAAAUCGGCUGUGUAUUGGGGAUAUGUCCUCCUUUAAAAGUGGCUUCCCCCCUGUCCUCAACCCUAAGUCUGAAACUGUAGUUGCUCCUAAAGUUAUCCGUGCUGAUCCACAGGGAAGACGGAGGCACAGCUCUGAAACUUUCUCCUCUGCCAGCACAGUGACAACAACUUCCUCUUGCUUUACUGAAAGUGGCAAAAGGCAUAGUUUCUGCCUCUUUUGACAACGUUUGGCUGAAACCUGAUGAAAGCAGUUGUGAUCAAGAGAAGAAAAUGUCUAGAAACUGCUCUACAGGUUUUCAGCAUGGUCUAAACUACAUAGCUCUGAGUAUGCAUGACAGUGUCUGCGAGCCUACGUCGCCGGUAUGCAGUCAGCACCAGAAUGGAAGCAGAAAUUUGGAAACGGGAGCUUAUGUCAGCAUCGAUUUCUCCAGGUCUGACUGCCUGAAGUGUUCUGCCUUCCGAAAAG